AUGCUUAAUUUGAAGGUAUCGUCUAAUCUAUGUUCUACUGUUGUCAGAGUAUCGUUAGCCUCAUCAUGUUCUGAACUGGCUAAGAAACUGUAUGCUGUGACUGGUGUCCCGGAGAAGGACAUGAAAUUGGUUUUUGAAUUGCCCAUGGGGGCCAAGAAGACGUACUUGAAAGAGUUUGCUGAGUUGGAUAAGAAGAUUGGAGAGGAGUUCCCCGAUGGGGUAGUUGAGGUUAGUGUAACGGAUGUGAACGAGAAUUCGAUCGUCAACAUGCUAGCGCAUGAGUUCGAAAAUGAAAAUGCAUGUGAAAAUAGGGACAACGAUGGUGUUGGGUUCCAGUUAUCAGAGGAGGACUAUGCAAGCAGGGGGGAUACUGUGUUGGGCUGGAAGAAGCGAGAGAAACUGGGUGCCUUUAAUCCGGAACUUCAUGAGAAGUUGCAUGCGGAGAGACAGAAGCAGAAAUCCGCUGCUGGUGGUCUGAAGCUAAAUGAGCGCUGUUCUGUUAGGACAGGUGGGGUGGGGGGGGAAGGAGGGGUAUCUCAGCUUGAAAGACGUGGUUGGCUCAGAUAUAUUGGUCCUAUUGAAGAGGGUUUGGUAGAUGAUAUAUGGUGUGGUGUUGAGUUUGAUGAGCCACUUGGCAAAAACAACGGUACUUUUAAGGGCAAGACAUAUUUUGGACCAGUAAAACCGCUGUAUGGUGCAUUCGUAAAGCCUACAAACGUUGAAACUGGUCCUCAGUUCACUCCGCUCUUGGAUGACGAGCUAUCUCUAAGUGACGGCGAUGAAUUAUGA